AUGGCAUCUACUCAAGCUAAGCAACUUAAAGUCCUGAUCUUAGACUGUGGACAGGAAACAUUCGUUUCUAAGGGCAACCUCAAUCAUAAGAUGACCGACAUAGCGAGAGAGUUCUUUGAGUCACAUGGUGGCGAAGUUAAAGUUACUAAAGUAUACGAGCCAUAUGACAAUCAAGGUGAACUUGACAAGAUUGUCUGGUCAGAUGUCUUGAUCAUUCAGACACCUGCAUGGUGGAUGGGCAUUCCGUGGUUCUUGAAGAAAUAUUUCAAUUAUUUUACCUAUUCAUCUCAAUUUUUGAGAACUGAAAUAAUCAUGUGA